AGCGCUAGAAACUCGUGCCUGCUUCGUAUUCAUUUGACUUUCUAAGGAACGAUUAGUUCAAAUUGUUAUUAUGAUUAAAAUUGUUAAGAAUGUUAAAUUAGGUUACUUAUAAAAUGAUAUUAUAUGCGUAUGAAGUUUACCGUUAGAUAUUAAAAUAACUUUCGUCAGCAUGGAAAUUGACAUAUUAAUGUGACGCAUGAAACAACCAAUUAAGAAUGAAUGUGGUUUGAGAAUAUUGUUUUAGAUCUUCAUUUGGUAAUCAUAAUGCAGAAAGAAUGUCAUCUUUUGCAGAAACUUGUUACAUUCUAGUUACAGUUGUUAAUACAUAUUAUUGAAAUGAUUUAAUAAGUUUUCCUAGUAUGUUCAUAUAGAAUCUAUAAUUUAAGAUAUUUGCGAAACCAUUAUGAUGGAAGCACAAACAGAUGUUUCUGUUUUGCGAUCACCAGUCAAUUUAAGACAUAUGCAUACUGGAAACGUUUUUUAUACACCUUUAACUUCAUUUGCUGAAAUGUGGUAUCAAAUAUUUUUAUGGGCUCUAUUUUCUUCAAUUUUUGUUCAUACCAUAGCUGGUGCAAUUUGCUUUGCCACAUUGAGACAACAUAAAUAUGGAAAAUUCUUCCCAUUGCUGAUUAUAAUAAUGGGUGUAUUAUUGCCACUAACAUCAGGAGUUCUUAGCUCUGCUGCUGUUGCUUUUGUAUACAGAGCAUCUCGAUAUCCACUGCCACCAUUGUAUGCAUUAUUUUGGGGUAUUGGACAGACUGCUUUAGCAGGAUGUGUCGGAUUUACCAGAAUAUUAGCAACUUUGUAAUAUGAAACACUGUUUGCAAAUGAAUGGUGCACAAGAUGUAUUGUUAUUCAGAAAUGUAUGUAAUGUAUUCCAAACAUUAUUGACAUUUUAAAUCAGGUGAAUAUUUUAUCGGUAUUAUUUGGUAUUAGUAAUAGAAGAGAAUAUAAGAAAAUUUGUACAUUUAUGAAUGUAUGAUAUUGUACAAAUGUAAUGAAAAUUAUAAUUAAAAUAAUAUUCAUGUUAAUAGCUAUUCCAAGUCAAUUCAAACAUUUAUAAAUGUUAUUUAUUAAUUAUAUAAAAUGUAUAAUCUGUUUAAAAUUAUUACUACAAUUUUUGAUUAUAAU